UCCUCCUCGUCUUCGUCGUCGUCGUCGUCGUCCGCCGCCUCCAGCGCCAUGGAGGAGGCCCGCCCGCAACGGCCCCCGUCGCCGCCUCCUCCUCCUCCUCCUCACCGGUGCCAGGAGGCUUCUGGAAACCGGGGAGGCGAAAUGAUGUUGUCGGAACAAGCCCAGAAGUGGUUUCCCACCCACGUGCAGGUCACGGUCCUCCAAGCCAAAGAUCUCAAGCCGAAGGGCAAAAGUGGCACCAACGACACAUACACCAUCAUUCAGCUGGGCAAGGAGAAAUACUCCACCUCCGUAGCCGAGAAAACCCUGGAUCCCGUCUGGAAAGAAGAGGCCUCUUUCGAGCUCCCCGGAUUACUGAUGCGGGGCAAUCCGGAGAAAUACUUUCUCUUCCUGGUAGUGAUGCACAGGUCACUGGUGGGGCUUGAUAAGUUUCUGGGCCAGGUGGCCAUCAAUCUGAAUGACAUCUUUGAGGACAAACAGAGAAGGAAAACAGAGUGGUUUAGUUUGGAAUCCAAACAAGGCAAAAGAGCCAAAGACAGAGGGGAAAUCAAAAUCAAUAUCCAGUUUAUGAGGAACAAUAUGACAGCGAGUAUGUUUGACUUAUCCAUGAAAGACAAAACCAGAUCUCCUUUUGCCAAGCUGAAGGAUAAAAUGAAAGGGAGAAAGAACGAUGGGACGUUUUCCGAUACGUCUUCGGCAAUCAUUCCGAGCACUCACAUACCUGAUGCCAACCCUGAACUUUCGAGUAGCGAAAUACAGAUGAAAUCCAAACCGAAAAAGCCUUUCCUUUUGGUACCCCAGCGACUUUCUUCAGCUCAUUCUAUGUCCGAUUUAACUGGGUCUCAUGUGUCGGCAGAAAAAUUGAAGUCGGGUGCCAUUAGCCAUUCACUUCUUUUUAGGCGCCAGUUAGAGUCAUUUGGUUCUGUUGAAGAAAAUGGAAAUCUCAAAUCACCACACAGAAGAACCUCAAGUGCUGAUACUUCUAAAAUGAACCAACCUGACAGCAGAGUUGAUGAAGGUGAAUCUUCCGUGGUAGCGCAAAAUGAUCCAUUUACGAAUGUGACUGCUUCAUUACCCCAAAAAUUCGCCACACUGCCGAGAAAGAAAAACCCAUUUGAAGAAAGUAGUGAAUCCUGGGAUAGCAGCCUGAAUUUAUUUUCCAAAUCAGAAACCCGAAAAGAAACUAAAAAAGAAAGGAGAGAGAAAGUUAGCCUUUUUGAAAGAGUGACUGGGAAAAAAGAUAACAGGAGGUCUGAUAAACUCAGCAACUGGGGAUCAGACAGCUCCUGUGACUUGAAAUCACCUAAUGCAUUUGGUGAAAAUCGCCAGGACUAUUUUGAUUACGAUUCCACCAAUCCGUUUACAACAAACUUCAGGACUACAAACAUGAUGCCGUCUCGCAGCACCUCAGUGAGCAGUCAGGUUGGAUUAUUCAAUAUCUCGUCCGACAGGAGAGCGGCAGCCAAAAAAGAAAGUUUUCAUAUGAAGCCAACGAGCACUGAAGACCUCAGGAAAAUGCUGGAGAGCAAUCCUUUCGAUGCCACUGCGGGAUAUCGCAGCCUGACCUAUGAAGAGGUGCUGCAGGAACUGGUGAAGCAUAAAGAGCUACUUAAGAGGAAAGAUACUCAUAUCCGUGAACUAGAGGACUACAUAGACAAUCUUCUUGUCCGCGUCAUGGAAGAAACUCCAAGUAUUCUCAGAGUGCCAUACGAACCUUCCAGAAAAGCUGGAAAAUUUUCCAAAAAUUAAUAAGCAAAUUACACUGCCUAGUCGGUUUUAUAUACUGGAUGCUAAUGGAAGAUCUUUGCACUACCUGUUGUAGGUUUUGUGAGUGUGUCUGUGUUUGUGUGUGUAUGUAUGUGGUGUGUGUGUGAGAGAGAGAGAGAAAUGAUUUUAACUUGAAGUAUUAGCUGGGGCUGCCCAAAGUAGUGAUACAUGAAAUGGGCUAGAUACCUUAAAAUAUUAAAUUAGAAAUACAGGCCUAGAAUCUUUAUAUGUAAAUAAUUCCCUGCGUAUGGUGGCAUUUGGAGAAGCAUAUUGAAGCAACCUAUUAAAAGGAACUUUAUCGUUCUCAAAACACAAAUGCGUUUCCAAAAGUGCCGAUCCCAUAUCUGCAGUGCAGUGUUCCCUGAGAGGUGAGGUAAUAAUUUAAUAGCAGUUCAUUUGGGAGUUUGUUUUGCCUCAGAAUCGUCACUUAAAAAUAACUCACGUAAAAUGUUUGUACUUUUUCUACACCUGAUUAUUUUCAAGGCUAUUAUCAAAAUCUGAAAGUGAAGGGGUGUAGUAAUAUUGUUGCCGAGAGGUCAUUUAUUAUCAGUAUUACAAUUUAAGAGAUUGCCAAAACAAUCUUAGUAACGUGCUUAUUUUUGAGAGAGCUAGGUACUUUUACUUUACAGAAAAUAUCUUUUCUGGAUGUUUAUUAGCAGGUAGAGAGCCAGAAGUGCUUUGUGAGCGUGCCAUUUCACACCUGCCUUGUAUGAGAAAGUUAGACACACCGUUCACUUCGUGAUGAUUCUCUGAAUGCAUUCACUGUACAACUUAAAUUUUGAAUUUCAACUAGACCAUAACUAUGUUCUAUCCUUUUGGUAAAGCUACUGCAUGCCUUUUAAGAUGUCAAAAUAAUAGCUAAGAAAAAUGGUAAAAGAUGGAGCCAGAAGUUAAAGAAGUUAGGUUGCUUCCUCUGUAAUGCCCAGAACAGUAUGUUUGGAUCUGAAUAUAGAAUGAAUACUGUGGUAGACCAAUUUUAAGAGCACUGGAAGUUGAAGGAAUUAAGCUAUCCCUAGCUUCUGAACACUGAGGCAAAAACAGAAUAGGUAGGGCAAUGUGAGAGUGUGUCGUAUAACAGUGUUAUUUUCCUAAAGGUUUAAUGUCAAGAGAUUGAAUGUGUCUGUUUAGCAAAAGGUUGGAUAGCAUUUUUUCCCCCAAAGCAUGUUUAAUUCCAAAAGGGUAUCGUUAAAUAUCGUUGUAAGCUUAUAUAAAAGUAAUGGUUGACUUCACCUGGAAAUUCCGAGUGCAUAAAAAAUAUAUAAUAUAUGUUCAGUAUUUAUUUUUGGAGAGUACCUCAUUGAAGGACAUAGAUUGUCUGUUACUGUAACAAUAGCCUAUUGGAUAAUUCUGUACUGUUCUUGGGGCUAAGGAGUUCUCAUCUGUAGGCCAAAAAUGUGAAAUUUUCCCCCACCUCCUGUAUUAUAGCAUAUUUUCAACACCUAAAAUAAGGUUUUCCCAAAAGUAAAAUGAAAAAUAUGGGUGGAUGUUCUUAGUUAUACCUGAGAAUUUUGAGAAGAAAGAGAACAGUACUUUAUUUUUUUGAGAAAUACUAAUACAGUUUCCAGAAAGUUAAAUAUUUUUGUUCAGAUUUCUUAGGAAAACAAGCUUACUGACAGGAUAGGAUCUUGCAUGACAGCUCAAAAGUGUUAAUACAUUUUUCAGUUCACUUAGAAGAACGAUGUAUUCCUCAUUUCUUUGUGAUGACUAGUUAUUUUCCAAAGUGGUAUUGGGAGGGUUGAUUAUUUUAUUGAAUUAUAGGAAAUAACAUUUUGGCCAUAUCAUCUGUUGGGAACACACUAAAACUUCAUAAGACAGUUUAGAAUGUAUUUUGUCAGUUUGCGUAUUUGGUGAUCAAUAUUUGUAGGAUGAUGAGUUUUGAAGUGUUACAUUUCUUUAGGAGAAUUUUAUUUUUCUCUACUGAAAUUCUCAUUUGCCAUAUCAAUCAUUCCAAAGUGUGUAUUUUUCAGUGUUAUCGAAAAGAUCCUCAAAAUGUUUUAAAAAUAGUUGGACAUCCUGCUAUGUAUAAUCAUAAAAGCCAUAUUGGGUGUGGGCCAGGUCUUCACUUUUGAAAACAGGUUAUUUGGGAAAUAAGGUUCUAUCCCAAUUAUUAAUUAUGUAACUAUUGUUUUCACCUCUCCCGGCUAAAAAGUACUGUAUUCACAUUUUCAAUUUUAAUUACACUUGCACCACCUACAAUGAUUUAAAAUAUUCUCGUGAAGCAUCGAACAUCUGAUUUAGAGUAGAUUUUACCUCAUAUUUUUAUAGUCAGCACUGUAAAUUAAUGGCCAAAAAAAGAUUGUGUAGAAGUGUGAACACAUGAAGGUUUUAAUAUGUCAUCCAGGCCUUCGUGUAGAAGUAUUGGCAGGAGAAGAAAAUUUAAUACUUAGAAAUUCAAAGUAGUCUAAAUAGUGUGUACAUUUGGCUCUGCACAACUUAGAGGGUUUAGAGUUGGAAUGAGUAAAUAUGAUCACUCAAACAAAAAAUGGUAAGGAGAUUUAAAAAAAAAAAAGGUUUUUGCACCUACGCUACAGAACAUGUACACGUCGAAGACUAUUUCAUAGACAAAAUCGUCUUUGAAUCCUAGGAUAGUGGAUUCACUAUUCCGAUUCUGUCUUUGACAAUGAGACGCAUUUGUUAUUAAAAAAAAAAAAGCCUGUUUCAAAUCCUUCCCUUAGUUUAUAAAUGCCAUAUUUUGCUACAUCCACGAUCCACCUCUAAACUCUAUUCAGCCGUUGUGAUGAAAGUGCUGGAAGGCUGUCCUCUGAGCAACUCGUUUAAUUUUAAUUUAUAGAAUGAACAUCAGGGCUGUAUUUCAGAGUUGUAAAUAAAAUGAGUUCUUAAUGCCGUUCAUGAAGAAUGUUUUGUAUUUGCUGCUGUAUUCUUUGUUUAUCUUGGUUUUGCCACCUCUCCACGAAUGCGGCAUUAUCCCUAGAUUAUGCUUAAGUACAUCUAUUGCUGUUGGCGGUGAAUUAAGAACUAGUUGUAAUUUUCCCCGCUGUGAAAACGUUGCCUUGCAUUUGACAGAGUUUCGUGAACGGUCACCUAAAGAAAACCGAGCUCAUUAAUGACAGACUUGCUUUCUUCGCCCGUCCUAGGAGUUUGACUCGGAGAAUGUUAUAAUAAAUUAAUUUGCUAUCUCUGAUGUACCUACAGUAAAUGCUGCAGUGGAAAUUUUAUUGGCUACUUUAGCUUGUAAAUAAAAAUAUCCUAACUUGGUUAGGGCAACUUCAACUGAAGCUUUUUGAUAGUCAUGUUCACGAGCAUCUUGUAAAUAUGGUAGGUGUAAAUUUUGCGUGUUAAAUGGUGAAGUGUAGAGCAUGUUGAUUUAUUUACUUUGAAGUGAGGUGAAGGAUUAUAGUGCUGCUAGUUCAUGAUGCUAGAUUUAAGGGUCUGUCGGCACAUCCAUUAGAAACACUUACUUUUAUGGAUUUAUAACUUUAAUAAUCCAGAUGUAAUCUCGGAAGUAUUUAAUAUGCAAUAGAUAGCACCUUAACUAAUCUCCAUAUAAAGGAUUUUCAGAUGUAUUUUUCUAAGAAACCCAGAAGCUCCUCAAGCGUUAAACGAUAAUUGGCAUUUUAUUUCGUUUGUUUUCAAUGCCAAGUAAACUAUUCUUAUUGUGGAAUUGGAGUCAGUUACAAAUUAUACAUUUGGUUCUAUCCGUCCUGGAAACUUCCAGAUGGUUUGUAUUUUGAGGUUCGAUGUAUUGCUGAAGAUCCUAGAAAUGUGUAUAUUUAAUCUUUAUUUAUAUUUGAAGAAUACACUUGUCUUAGUAAAUGAAUGGUAACCGUACACAUUUUUAUGGUAGAAAAUUGAAACUAUUGUAUUGUGACAUUAAUUUAUGUAUUCAGAUGCAUGCAAAGCAAAAGUUUUAUAUUCUGUCUUACUACUGAUUUAUAGUCGAAUAAAAUGUGUACUAAAUACAGCAUCUAAAUUUCUUAUCCAGUAUUGCAUGUCCAAAACCUUAAUAAAACACCACAAUGCAUUC